AUGCCAUAUAAAAACGUUGAACAUUUGGAUAUUUAUUUAAAUGAAAAGCAUGAAACAACAUCGACUACAUUAGAUCGUCAGUUUUCCAAUGUUUGCACGUUAACUGUGUCAGGUACUGCUACAUCAAUGAUGAACUAUCAUCUCUUCGAUUUAGUUCAAUGUCAAAAAUUAAAACAUUUGAUAUUGAUUGAUGAGCUCACGACCAAUUCUCUAUGGACCAUUUUGGAAUUGUGUCCAAACCUAACAUCCUUAACUGCUAGCUAUGUGGGUCUUGCAAAAAUGACAACUAAUUUUAACAAUCAUGCACUUUAUUGUUCAAUCAAAAACCAAAUUCGACAACUAACCGUCAACAAUUAUCAUCAUGUUCCUGAACAUAUUUAUCAAUUUUGCGACAUAUUUGCAAGCGUUAAAAUUCUAAAGCUGAAUAUGAUUAAAGAAAUACACAUGACAAAUUUAUUGCGUUUUUUGGUAAUGGAACUGAAGAAUUUGGACAGUGUGUUUUGUCUAAUGCAAUUAUUACUACCGUAUGAUCAUAUAAUCAAAGAGCAGUUCGAAAAGCAACUGAACAAAAUGAAAGAUAACCGCGAUUUUUAUUUUGACAUAACCCGUGAUACGAUUGGUAUCUGGUUUGCACAUGAGUGA